AUGGCAAGAGUAUUCAAUCUUUUCAAAUCUUUUCUCAGGGAUAAAGUUGUACCAGGAUCUCUCCCAUGCCAAUUAGGGCACAAAGAAAGGAAGUUGAGUGCUUCACAAAUUCAAGCCUUCCAAGAUGCCUACAACUUCUUUACCAAGGAUAAAACCUGCUGUAUUGAUUUUCAUGGAAUGAUGUGCACUUUAGCUAAAGUGGGAAUGCAUCUAACCAAGCAUGAUGUCUAUAAUGAAUUAAAAUAUGCUGAUAUUGACGGAGAUGGGAAAGUGAAUUUCUCAGACUUUAUAAAGGUGCUAACAGAUAAGGACCGCUUCCUUAGAGCUGUGGUUCCAGAAAAAGACAAGUGUUUAGAUUUUGCUGGCAACCCAGGGAUCCUGUUGUUUGAAAUUCUAUCAAAGCUUGUAGAGAUUUCAGCCUUACCCAGAAAGGCUAUAAUAGAAUUAGUAAGCUAUUUUCAAAGAAAAUUCCAAGAAACCACUGCAGGAAUAUUGUGGAAUCCCUCCCCUACAGAUUAUAGAAAAAGGAGAUUUAAGACAGACAUAUGCACACCUCUGACCUCAAGCACAACUGCCUUUGCUAAUGCUACUCGGAUUGCAAUAAUGAAAGAAAAGGAUUUAUUCAAAUAUCUUGAGGAGCUCAGGAGAUGCAAUCCUCCUUCAGAUAACCCAUAUUCAAAAAUACCCGUCUUUCCGUUGUUUCCUAAUAUGGAUGGGCUGGUAGUGGGAAAGCCAUUCAAAGACAUGCAUAAAUUAGAAAUGCUUAGGAGAAAGGAGCCUCUGAGUUUUUUUGAUAACUACUUUUUCCAUAAAAGAGAUUGGAAAACACAGGCAGCAAAUAUAAAGCUUACCGACUCUCCCUCCGGCUACCCAACUGAGAUCCUCACCAUUGACCAAAUGUUGAAGAAAAAGCAGAAAUGGACAGUGACUGAGGCAGCUGCUCUUAAACCGCAUGUGAAGAGAGCUAUAGAAAUCUAUAACUUAGGAACUGCUCUUGAGCACCGGAAAGAAAUGCUAAAUUUCUGGCAUAAGAUCCGAGGGGAUUUGGUUGGAGUAGACACUAAAAAUGAGUCCUUUUAUGAAACCUUUUCUACUUAUACAUGGUCCUGGAAUGUUUGCCAAGAAUUACUUUCCCCAAAGGACUUAAGGUUGUUUGAUGCCUGCAUGCAUAGAAAUUCCUUCCACAAUUCUUCAGUCCCUUCCUCUUCGGAUACCAGUGAAUGUGACAUAGAAACAGGAAGAAAAAGAAAACGGAAAGGUUUCAAAGGGUCUCGACAAUGAAAUUUCUACAUUUUCUAAGCAGCUCAUUUCACUCUACUUUUUCAUAGAUAUCAAAAUUAUGGUUCUUUGAUUUUUAGUACAUUCUUAGCAGCUGGAAAUGUUGACAUCUUUUAAAUUCUAACCAGUAAAAAGUUUAAGUCAUAAUAUGGCUUCCCUUUUCUAAUUGUUUCUAGUAAAUAAAUGUCAUUCAGUUAUUUCCCUAGCAACCAGCUGCCCUCUGCUGCCCCCAUCUGGCUCUGGCUCAACACUGCCUGGGCAGGAGAAAAACUGAAAGCAGGCACUUACCUGGACACAGAGCUAUUUACCCUUGUGAGCUCCUAAGGGCCCUCUCAGCAAUAAACAUCUGAGUUUAUGUGACUAUAAAUGGCAUUAGGGUCUUUUUUUUUAUUUGCCAGGGUAGCCUGAGGCAGUGGAUGACAAUGACCUUUCCGUUUCAGGGAAUAUCACCAUUCCCCAGGGAGUCUUGACUAAAUGUGGGUGUUCCUAAGGCUCAUUUAGCCACAUACCUUCAGGCCCUCUUAAAAACAGCCCU